AUGCCUUCCACACCAGACCCCUUCGACGACAUCCUCAACCUCGAGGACAACUUCUACCAACAAGGCUACACCCAAGGCCUCGCAGACGGCGAAAAAGCAGGCCGCAUGGAAGGCCGCUCCUUUGGCAUGCAAAAGGGCUUUGAGAAGUUUCUCGAAAGCGGCCGGCUAGCAAGUCGGGCAGUCAUCUGGGCAAACAGACUCCCUCCCCAGUCGCAACAAGAUCAAUCAGCGGACAGUGAGGUUGCGAAGCAGAAGGAGACAAAGUGCACAUUACCGCCGCUACCGAGCAAUGCGCGGUUAGACAAGAAUGUGAGAAUGGUGUACUCGCUGGUUGAGCCGGAUACGUUAUCGACAGAGAAUACGGAUGAGGCGGUUCAGGAUUUUGAUGAUCGGGUGAAGCGGGCGCAGGGGAAGGUCAAGGUUGUAGAGAGGAUGGUUUCAUGA